GAGUGCACGACUUAAACGUGCCACAAACUGGUGUGCCACAAACUUGAUACCUCUAGGUGCAUGAAAUAAUUUACUCUAGGUUGCAUGAAGUAAUAAUUGACCCUAUUAAAAAAAAAAGUAAUAAUUGACAAAUAAAAAUGGAAAAUAUGAUACUUCUCAUUUUUACACCUUUAUAAAAAUUGAAUUAUCUAUGAGAUUUCCCUAAAAAAAAAAAUUAUCUAUGAGAUUGUGACGUGGCAAUCUCUCCACCCUUCUCAACUAUAAACCUAUUAAAUCCUAAUAUCCUAUCAUAACUUUAAAAAAAAAAAUGUUUCAAAAUAUCAAUUUCCUGCAUCAAAUUAGAUUAUUGUAAUUAUCUAAAAAUAUCAUCUUUCAUUUUCUCCAUUUCAUUUCAUUGCAUAAUUACAUUUAUUUUAAUUUUUUAAAAUCAACCUUUAAUCAAUGGUGGGAGUCACCAGAUUCUAUUGAAUAGAAUGAAACAGAAAAUAUGGGAGUAUUAUCAGUGGCUCAUAAGCCAAACCCAGAAAGAUUACUAAUUCAUUCUUCCUCUUAUAAUCACCAAAAUCAACAUAAAAAUUUCCCAAUUUCUGCUUUCUCUCUUGUCAAGGUGCAUAGAAGUAACUCAAAGUGCAGCAUUUUUUCUGGGAAACAAAGCAGUUAUGUCAGAGGUCAAUUUGUUUCAAGCAAUUUUUUUAAAUUUGAUAAUUGUGUACGUAAGAACAUUCAAGCUGGAAAUGUGGUGUCACCAACUUGUGUGCUUCCAUUAACCGAAGAGAAUGUGGAGAAGGUGCUGGAUGAGGUGCGGCCUGGCCUUAUGGCUGAUGGAGGAAAUGUGUCAUUGCACGAAAUCGAUGGUUUGGUAGUAGUGCUGAAGCUGGAAGGAGCAUGUGGGUCAUGCCCAAGUUCAACUAUGACUUUGAAGAUGGGGAUUGAAACUCGUCUUCGUGAUAAGAUCCCUGAAAUUUUGGAGGUAGAACAGAUCCUAGACACCGAGACUGGCCUGGAACUCAAUGAGGAAAAUGUCGAAAAGCUUCUAGCCGAGAUUAGGCCAUACUUAGCAGGCACAGGAGGUGGGGUGCUUGAACUCGACAAAAUUGAAGAUUAUGUUGUCAAAGUGCGGCUCAAUGGACCUGCAGCUGGGGUGAUGACAGUACGCGUUGCCAUUACACAGAAGCUAAGAGAGAAAAUCCCUUUAAUAGCUUCUGUCCAGCUGAUUGAAUAGACAUUCCCAACCACGAAACAGAAUUUUGUUGGUGACAGAGAGAAGCUGAACUUCCAAGUUCAUUUUUUUCCCUCUGUUAGAAUUCAUUUCAGAAGAUUGCCUUGGAAUGCUCACGUUUCUAAGAUGAUAAGUUGCUCCCUCGAUACUUGGUAGAUUACCAGACACUGCAUAUUGUACGAGGCAGUGGAUAUAAAUUUCUCUUGAAAGGGUUACUUUUAGUGCAUAGUUCCACAAAAUUCUUAGUGGUUACUUGUAUUUAUAUUGAAACAAAGUUUUCUGAGCUUGUUAUCUGCAAUAUAUUGGCUUCAAGGCCUUCAUUUGAAUUUGUUUCUUU